CAGGGGCGGACUGACAACUCAUGAGGCCCCGGGCAAUAGGGGAUCAUGGGGCCCCUGUGUCCUUGCUCCAACUCAAAAAAGCCUAUGAAAAAUGUACCAGGGGCAUCUCAUGGGGCACCCUACUGACCCUCAGGCAGUGCCCGAGUUUCCAAAUGGUCAGUCCGCCCCUGAACAGUACUAUCUGAAAGGACUGCUGUUGUCACUGAAGAGAUAGUCAAUAGACUUCCACCAUCUAACGCAAUUCUUAGGUUUGAAAAAUUCAGGGUUGCCAAAUUUUGCAUCUAAUUUAUUUUGUUGCGUCU